UUUUCUGGAGUGGACCCAUUUUACGAUUUUGAACUUUAUUUUUCAAUACUUCCCCUUAGCAAUUCCUUCAUUGGCAUCUCCUGCCCGGUCAAUUUUCUCCCCUAUAAUAACGGCAAAAUAGCUCUCUUUAAAUUGCAAUCCUCAAAAAAUUUAAGCGGUGACAGAAAAAAAGAUAGGGAGAGUGCACGGUCCUCGGGCAACUAGUUAUUAAAAUGCUCUCAUAAAACUCGUUCAAAUGCCCUUUUCACAUUUAUUUUUUGUAGGCAUUGGAGCAUAUGCAUUCUCAUGACCUUAUUCAUGUUGAUAUUAAGCCUUCUAAUAUUUUUAUAACGUCUGACGGUAUUUGCAAAUUGGGUGAUUUUGGAUUGGUUUUUGAUCUUAACAAGGACGAUCCAAAAAAUGUAAUGGAAGGAGAUGGAAAAUAUUUGGCAGCUGAAGUUCUUAAUGAUAAACCGACUAAGGCAGCCGAUAUUUUUAGUCUUGGAAUGACUAUUCUUGAAUUGGCGACCGAUUUGGAUUUGCCGAAUAAUGGAGUUUUUUGGCAUGAAAUUCGUAAUAGAAUGAUUGACGAGAAAUAUAUUAAAGUUUUAUCAACUGAUCUUCGUCGUGUUAUUGCAUGGAUGAUCGACCCAUGUCCAUUGAAUAGACCGAAAGCCAUUGAGGUUCUCAAAGAUUCGUUUGUUUCAAGAUAUCGAAGCAGACGUCAAAUCAAACUUCUCAAACAUCGCGCCGUUAGAGCGUACACCUGAAUUUAACCUUGCUUCGC